AUGUUCAGGCAGUCACCACGUAGUAGGAACGGACGUAACAAAGGGUUAAAGAUAAAGCAUGUUCUCCAGAUGUCGGCGUUGUUUGGUGCCAGCAUAUGGCUGCUUUACCAAGUCCAGCAUACUGACAACAAGAAACCACCCGUCACAACAAACAUCUCCAAAAACUUACACAAGGAUAGUAGCAAUGACAUGAUCAAGUUGGGGAGGAAAGGUCUUCAUCCAAGAGGGAAGGAAACAAAUGUUCAAGAUAAGAAAGAAACCAUAGAACAUGAAGCAGAUGAAGAAGACAAUGAAAAAGAAGCUGAAGAGCUUGUCCAAGGUCAUGAAAGUGAAGACAUGAAACAUGAUGAAGUUGGGGAGAAUGCAAGCACGGAUGAUGGAACGGAAAAGAAUACAAAAACGGGUUACGAAGAGUUAAAAGUGGAUAUGGAAGGACAUCAGAAUGAAGAGGCAAAAGAGAAAGAAGAUGGUAUUAACAAUGAAAAGAUUAAAACUGAGGGUAUGAAACAAACCCAUAAUGUAGGUAAUGGCAGUAAGAAUGAGGAGGCAGCCAAAGAAGUAAAUGGAAGCAAAAAGAGUAGAGAGGGGAACAUGAACAUCCCCACUCAAGAAAACAGUAACGAAAGUACACAAGAGAGCAAAAAUGAAGAAAAUGGCAGGAAAGCGGAGGUGAAAGAAGAGAAGGAAGAUGACAAUCAAAUGCAACCAAACCCAAAUGAGGUGGUUGAAAUUGCAAGUCCACCUGAGGAGGAUGAUGGGAGGGCAAGAGAAGAGAAUUUGUCAAGUGAAGAGGUGAAUGAUAAUAGAAGUAGGAAGGAAAAUGGAGAAAAAAGAGAAGAGAAUGGAAGUAGCAAUAAGGGACCGAGUGUGAAUGAGAGUCAGUUGGGUUCAAACCCGAGCCAUAGCAAGAGUAAUGAAGACGAUAAAGAUUCGAGUUCAAAUAGGGCAAAAGCCUCUGAGGAAGAAACAUCUACAACAAGUAGUACCAAGUUUGUUAAAAACCGCAAGAUUGGGAAUCUUUCAAGACAGAGAAUGUGGAUAAAAUCUGUGAAGAAAAACACAAGUCCAGAUUCAUCUUUGGUGCCUUCCUUUGAACCCAAGAAGAAUGAAGGCAAAUGA